AAAUUAUGAGUGAUGAAGACAGUUAAGAAUUGGAAAGUGAAUAAGAGGAAGAAGAAGAAGAAGAAGAUGAGGAGGAAGAAGAAGAAUAAUAACCAUCAAAGGAUGAAUUCAAUGAAUUUCGAAAAUAUAAUGCCUAUUCAAGUUAUGCAUAACUAGAAAGAGGUUCAUAAAAAUAAUACAAUAAUCAUAACCCUUUAGAAUAUUAUUAUUAAAAUAAUAUUCCUAUUCCUUUUUAACCAUAAGUUAAUUAUUAUGACAAAAUUUAAAGGCAUCAAAAUUAAAUUGAUAAUGCCAUGGUUUCACUUAAUAUGUUAUAAUAUCCUAAAAUGCAAAUGUAAAACUAUUAUAAUAACUAUAAUCAGCCAGAUCAUUUAUAAUAAUAACAAUAUAAUCCUCAUUUUUAUUAAUAAGCAAACCUUCCCCCUUAAUUAAAUAAUUAUUAACCACCACCUCCUAAUUCAUAAUAUUAAAAUUAUUAAAGAAAAAGAUCAUAUGAUGAUAUUAUUCCGGAUCCUUAUUAAGAUUAAUAUAAUAAUUAAAGAAGAAGAAAUUCAUUUAGAGAAUAAAAUUUUAUUCCACAAUCACAUCCGCAUUUACCUUCUUCCCAAUAUCCAAUUUAAUAUUAAUAAUAAUAAUAUUAAUAAUAAUAAUAAUAUUAAUAACAAUAAUAUAAUCCAUUACAAAAUCAAUGUCCUAAUCAAUAUAUCCAUUAAUAAUAAUAAGGUCCUUAAUACCCUCACUAAUAUUAUUAUCAAUAGCCUUAUUAAGAUUAACAAGAUUAUCUUCAAUUUUAAAAUUACCCUUAAUAAUCAUCAGAUAAUGUGAAUAAUUAAUACAGAGGUUCAAGACCCCCUUUACCUUCAUAAAAUAAUCAAAAAGAAGAAAAGAAAGUAAAUUUAUAAAAAAAUGAAGAUUAAUAAUUAGAUUUAGAAUAUUUGGAAUUCAUGAGAUUUAAAGAAGCUGCAAAAAAAUAAUAAAAAAUUAUUGAUGAUAAUGAAUAUUAAGAUUUUGUAGAAUUUAAAAAAUCAAAAAUUUAAUAAUAAACAAAUAAUCCUGGAUAAACAACAUAAUAAAGAUAAGUUAAAGAGUUAUACAAGAGGAAUAAAUAAAGUAUAAUUGUAAAUAUAAAAUUAAGUCUAAACAGAAGUUGAAUUGAGAACAAAAUUUAAUGAAACUAAGUUUGAAAGGAAACCAGCUGAGAAUUAUAAAUCUAAAUACGUUGCUCAAUAAUUAGAUGCUAAUGUUGAAAUUCAAAAAGCAAUGCAAAUUCUAAUGAAAAAAUGA